UGCACUUACUCCUCCUAUAUAUAUAUCACUAGCACUGCCAGUUAGUAAUUUUACUUGUGAGCUUCUGCUCUCUCUAUGACUCGUCUUUCUCUUCACAAAGGCGGAGGCGGAGGCGGAGGCGGCGACUAAGCUAAGCACGGCUGUAUCUUUGUACUCUCGCAGGUGAGGGAAGAAAAAGGGGGGGGGGGGCGGAGCGGGGAGCAAGAAAGUGAAUGGGAAUUGUGCGAAUAGAUGAGAGCCAGAGGCUGGAGAUCCAGGAAUUCCGGCGCAUGCUCUUGUCCUGCGCCGGACUGCACCCGCGGAAAGGCGAGGAUAACAAUGAUAUGAGACACGUUACCACCACCACGGCCGGCGAAAACGACGACUCUCAUCCUAAGCUGGUCUGCGUCACCAGCGGCGUAUCAUUUCUCGGAAUUGCUAUAGUUAAUCAACUGUUGCUCCGUGGCUACUCUGUCCGCCUCAUCGUUCACAAUCAAGAGGACGUGGAAAAGGUGAGAGAAAUAAAAGCGUCGGAGGAAAUGAGAGGAAGCAACAACAUGGUAGAAGCCGUGAUGGCCAACUUAUCUCAAGUUGAGAGUCUGAUAGAAGCAUUUGAGGGUUGUGGGGGCGUAUUUCACACUGCUGCCUUUGUUGACCCUGCUGGUCUCUCGGGCUAUUCCAAAACUAUGGCCCAGAUAGAAGUCAAGGCAACAAAAAACAUCGUAGAAGCUUGUGCAGCGGCAUCCUCGGUUAGACAGUGCGUGCUUACAUCGUCGCUUCUGGCUUGUGUAUGGCAAGACAAAUCUAUCAAUAACACGUCUCUUAUAAUUGACCAGAAGUGUUGGAGCGAUGAAUCUGUUUGCAUUGACAAAAAGCUAUGGUAUGCCUUGGGUAAGCUGAGAGCUGAAAAAGCUGCAUGGGAGCUGGCCAAGGAAAGGGGGCUUAAACUGGCCACCAUCUGUCCGGGACUAGUUACAGGCCCCGAGUUUCACUAUAGAAGCUUGACGUCUACAAUUGCUUAUUUGAAAGGAGCUGGUGAGAUGUAUGCAGAUGGAGUCCUGGCAACAGUUGACGUAAGCAGAUUAGCAAAGGCCCAUAUUUGUGUGUACGAGGAGAUGAAGAAGACCUCAGUGGGUAGGUAUAUUUGCUUUGAUCGGAGGCUGGAGAGCCAAGAAGAGACGGAGAAACUGGCAAGAGAGACGGGAAUAGGAAUUGACAUAACGAGAGACGUCUCAGUUAAUUGUCCAAUGAGAUUUCAAUUGUCAAAUCUUAAACUAUCAAUGCUAAUGUCAAGAAUAUCGAGAUGUAAUGAACCCUAGUGAUGAUAUGAAUGAAUCACGAAAUUUGUCAA